GGGUAGUUUUUGUGUGGCGAGUGGUGUAUUUGAAAAUUGCUGUGAAGUGGUAUAAAUCAUGGGAUAUCGUUUGGUGUGCGUAGCCCUCCUGGCUCUCGCUGUUGGGCAGGUACACCCUGUGGAGGAGGAUAUCUGGGGUGGCAGGAAUGUUCAACGAGCAAAUAUGAAUCAAUACACGGACUACGUUUUGACCUACAUGGCACCAAUAUUCCGGAACUCUGGACUCGUUCCCAUGGGUCUGCCACCUACAUCAAUUGGCUGGGAAGCUCAACCAAUUUGGAUAACAUACGGAGGUAUCAUUGACUUGUUCAAUGGUCUCCUACUGGACAUCGAGGACGUUCGUCGGGCGGACGAUUGCUUCUUGUCGUACAACCGUCAGCUUCUAAGGAUGGAAAUAGCAUCGCGUCUCACGAGGAUGCCGUAUCACUACGACUAUGAGACACGUGUGAUGGGCCUGGGGAUUUUCCGGGGUUGGGUUGAGGGGCACAUGGAGGACAUGGUGAUUCGCUUGGACCUCCUUCUCGAUAUGUUUGACUUCUUCCUCUUCUUGCAAGGCUUCCGUGUCACAUCAAUUGGUGAUAUUCACGUGCGCGUCCGUGGGAAUAUUCUCACCGACUGGCUGGCCAAUUUAACCAUUGAUAUUGUCAUCUUCUUCUUCGAGAAUACCAUUGUAAACUUUGUCUCCAACACACUCCAUGUUUUCCUUCAGGAGGCUAUUGAUGAAGUCAAUGCAAGUCGCGUUCGUUUUUCGGACGUCAGUGCGGCUCUCACGGAGUCUCUGCACACUUCCGACCCAACCCCUCUGGCCAAGUACAGUGACCACGUAAUCAGCCUGUUCCAGAAGUACACGAACGUGUGAGCAAUGAAAAUUGCGGAAAAACUGCAUUUGACAUGCAGAUAAAAUGCAAAAAAGUGCAAGAAGAAAAUUUAGAAAUUAAGUGUGCAACUAUCUUUAGUUUUUAUUCCAUUUUGUACGUAUUUAAAAUUAUGAAAUAAUUAAGUUUUAAUUGUAUUAUCUAAUACUAGACAGUACCUGAUUGUACGUAAGCAUGUGGAUAAAUUUUAUUAAAGUAAUUAAUUAACAGCAUA